GGUAGCAUAGCCGCGCUCGUGCUAUCACCCUUCUGCCGAGUGGCACAUCGACAGGCAAUGGCGUCAAGGUUCCUUCGAGCCGAUCUGCGGCGCGUAUUCAGGCCUCUUGGCAGGCCUACGAGCAGCAACAGCAAUGCCUUCCUCUCUUUGGCCACGACACGGCCAGAUGAACCCUCGGUGGCGCCGUCGGCAUACAGUCCGUCCGCAUUGACAGCAGCAGCUCUUGAUUCGUCGGAGUGGCUUUGUUCAAGCGUCCAGUCCUCUGGCCAUGCACACAGCGAGUCAGCAACAUCGCGUAGCGGUAGUAGUGAGCACGGUCCCCGGCUUCCGUUACCUGUCACCGGAAUGUUUCUGGCCUUGACAUCAGCAGAGCAGCGCUACGUCGGUUGCUGGAGAGGAGGGGCGGUAGGGUUGGGGUUGUGCUCAAGACAGCAGCAACAGGCAGGGAAACGAUUCCUGAGCAGUCGCAGUGGCAAAGCCGGUGGCCAGACGCUUACGAACAAGAAGAUCAAGGCCGAGAAGAUUCUGCUGGUGCUGGAAACAGAAGACGGCUCCAAGACGGCUACCACCGUCUCUCGGCAGCAGGCGCUCGCCGCCGCAAAUGCUGUAAACCUCGAUCUGGUGCAAGUAAGUAGCGGUAGGAACGACCAGGUGGUCUGCAGGCUCAUGGACUUCAAGAAGGAGGAGUACCGGAAGAAGAAGCAAAGAAAGGCUAACGCGAAAAGGAUCCAGAAGAAGAAGGAGAUACGAUUGCGGGGCAUGAUCGCGGACCACGACUUUGGCAGGAAAGUGAACGAUGUCAAGAAGUACUUGGAGAGAGGGGACGUCGUCAAGGUGGUAUUGGAGGCGAACAUAUCGCUACUCAAGCGGUCCGGGAACUGCUUGAACGUCUUGCAGGAGAAAUUCGAGGAGCAAAUGGAAGAAUACGAAGGGGCUGUGCUGAAGCACUCUGGAGGGGGGAACGGGUACACCCGUCGGGAAAUCGAAUGCAUCCCGAAAACCGUCAGGCCGACCACCGCAAAGCCGACAACGUCGGCCUCUGAGGCUCCGGGGAGAGAUGGUGGCGGUAUUCCCGAGGCUGGGGAGAAGGAGAACCCCAUCCCCCCGCCGUCGCGUGGCGGGGUGGUCGACAAACAUGUCGUGCUCGAAGUUGUCAGCGGAGCAGCAGCAACAGCGCAUGGAGGGAGUGAAGGAGAGCUAUCUUCUUCGAACUCUGGUGGUAACGCCACUGAUGGAUCCGCGGACAGUUCUCGGGAAGAGGCAUCGGGAGAAGAUUCCUCGUCAGACGACGAGGACGUGGCUGAAACAGCGUCGCCGUUGAAGUUGGGAAGCACUGAGAUCUUGUUAGACGAUGUGGAGCUGUACGACGAUCUCGUGGAUGAGACCGUCUACGACGACGGCGACAUUGAGAGGGAAAGAAACGAGGCCCGAAGACGCGAAGACCGGCAGAAGCGGGAAGAAGCUAAGGAAAAGGUUAGAAAUGCGGCCCGCUACGCUCCCACGCGCGGUGGCGGCGGCGGCGGUGGGCGCAAAAAGUGGAAGGCUGAAAUUGACCGCGAGGGCGGUGGGGGCGGUGACAAUUUUGACGAGGAAUCUGGGUGGGGUGAAAAGGAUGACAGGCGGACAGCACGCCGGGUGCCCACGGGGAGAGAUCAGCAAACCGGCGGAAGGAGGGGGGUUGCGGGCGGGGACAGUAGAGCGGGUGCCAGCGACAGCGGAGGUAGUCCCAAGGUAUGGUCAACAGGCGGCGGACGUCGAGAUGGCUCCUUUCCAAACGUGCUACAGCAGGGGGCGGGUAGCUUUAGACGAGGGGAUCGAAGGGGCAGCGAUGGCGGCAGUGGUCCACGUGAGGGGCCUCCUCCGUCUUCGCCAGCACUUGCAGCCCGGGCACCGUACAAGUGGCGGACUUCCAUUGCCGAUGCAAAGGUGGUGGAGGCAGGCGGGGACAGAGAAGGGACAUCCGCGAAGCCCUGGUACACUAGUUCUAGUAGUGCCGCGUCACUGGCACGGAGGAAGGCGGCGCGCACGAAGGAUGGCGGCGGGGGUGCCGCUGCAGCAGAGGAGGUCAGGGGGUUUAAGGCUCGGUUCGGCGGAGGAUCCAUGAAUCUGACGCCUACAAACUCAGUUGCUGUUAGAACUGCCAAGGCAACAUCCAGUCAAGGGUUUCGCAGUUCGUCUGUGACUGCGCCUUCUGCGAAGGUGAACCCGCCAAAGGCAUCUGAAGUAGGCUCGGACCGAGGGGUGGACGGCGAGGAAUGAUGCUAUUGAUGGCGUUCUGGUUCGUGAUUUAACGAUAGACCGCAGCGUUUUUUUUUCGUUGAUCCUCGUGUCGUUCAAAGGGUUGACAAGGGGAGGAGGUAUUAUUGGCUAGAGCCGAGCCUACUUCAUUUUAGGGUUGUGCUCUCAGCUUCAUAUUGCCAGCUAAGCAACGGUUGCAAAUCGCGAAAAGUCGAAGCGGUGUGAAUUAUGUGUUGCGCUACACCCGAUGGCGCAGGCACACCUGCCAGAUAGUGCUACACGUUGUGAGCACCGUGUCCAUCAGAACCCUUUUUUCGAGACUUUUUCCGCAGAACGGAAACGUGAAUCGUGAACUUGUGCUUCUCGGUCGCCGGUAAACGAAAGGGUGUAAUAGGUAGCCUGUACAUUGUGCAUAUGGUAAUGAACCUUCUAGACCUCAGAGACGGCACCUAAAUAUAUCGGUUGUUCCAGUUGCCAGCUAUGCAGGUUCCCUCGCCACCUUCGUCAUACCCAAGGCGAUGACGGUAACUCCAGGGCUGUGCGUACGCUGCUGUCGUCUUGAUUCAUCACCUGGAGGCCGAACGUAUAAGCUACCCUAGAAAACUUCUACAACAAUAGUAUGCAUACACCCAAGAGCAGGAUGUUGUCACAACAAACAAACUCGCGCGAGAGCUGUCCUGUUCGCACCGACAGGUUGGCUGGUCCAAAAUGUGCUGCACCAACAACACAGCGCUGUUAAAAAAAGCGCGCCUUAAUAGCGCCUUACCGCAUGUACCUUAGAUCCUCACACAAGUCCCUUGUCUUUCCCACCAGGAACCAAAUUUUUCUGGACCCAAACGAACCACCUUUGUCCGCGUGGGGAAGCACCGCAGCCUAUGAACACUACCAGACCCCCCCUAGCCCCUCGUACUGUACUGGCUGAGGUCUAGCUUUCUACCAGACGUUCGAGAGCCGCUACCC